AUGGAGGCGAACGUGAGCGACGAGAGCGGCCCGUUCCCGGCGUACCCGUUCGAUUUCCUGGAUUUCCUGACGCACCAGCAGCGCCCGGAGCCCCCCGAGCCCUUCGAGCCCCCCCCCAAGGCGCUGCCGCUGCCCCCUCCCCAUUUCGAGUACGCGCCCCCCGCCCCCUUCGAGCGCGGCCCCCUCCCCAAGCACAAACCGGAGCCUUCCUCCUCCUCCUCCUCAUCCUCCUCGCACCCCAAAAAACCCGAGGGGUCCCUUGGGGGGGGGGCGCCCCUGGGGGGGUCCCCGUUCCCCCCCCCGCCCCUGCCGCCCCCUCCCCAACCCUUAUUUGAGGCUGGGGGCGCCUUCCCCUCCUCCCAAUGGGGCAUCGUGGACCUGUCCGGCCACCAGCACCUGUUCGGGGGCGGGGCUCUGAAACGCGGCCCCGCCCCCCCGCCCGGGAGCCCCGCCCCCAGCGCCGGGCCCGCCCCCCAGGAGGGGAAGGAGGGGCGGAGCUACUUCCGGCGCCUCAAGUACCUGGUGGAGCGGCGCUGGGCGUGUCCCCGCGGCUUCCGGCCGCACCUGCCGCAGGUGGGCGGGGCCGCGGGGGGCGGGGCCGAGGGGGCGCGGCCCUACGAGUGCCGCACCUGCGGCCGCACCUACAGCCACGGCUCCAGCCUGGUGCGGCACCGGCGCUGCCACCGCGAGGGGAGGGCGGGGCCGGGCGCGGACACGCCCAGCGGGGGAGGAGCGGCGGCCAAUGGGGUCGGAGCGCUGGGAAACGUCAAUGCGGCGGCCAAUGGGGUCAACGCAGUGACCAGUGGGGUCAACGCAACGGCCAAUGGGGUCAACUCGUUGGCCAACGUCAACGCAACGGCCAAUGGGGUCACUGUAGCAGCCAAUGGGGUCAGCUCAUUGGCUAAUGUCAACGCGGCAGCCAAUGGCAUCAACGCAGCACCCAGUGGGGUCAACACAGUGGCCAAUGGGGUCAACUCCUUGGUCAACAUCAACUCAGUGACCAGUGGGGUCAACACAAUGACCAGUGGGGUCAACACGGUGGCCAACGGGGUCAACGCGGUGGCCAACGGGGUCAACGUGGUGGCCAACGUCAACGCCAAGUCAACCGUGGCCAUCGGUCAAGCAGUGACCAGUGGGGUCAGCGCAGUGACCGGUGGGGUCAACGUAGUGACCGGUGGGGUCAACACGCCGCCCAACGGGGUCAACACAGUGGCCAAUGAGGUCAACGCAACCAACAGAGUCAACGUGGCGCCCAACGGGGUCAACACGGUGGCCAACGUCAACGUGGCAGCCGGUGGGGUCAACGUGAUGGCCAACGGGGUCAACGUGGUGGCCAGCAGAGUGACCACGGCCAACGGGGUCAGCACCACCAACGCCAUCACCGUGCCACCCAACGGUGCCAACGCCGUGGCCGCCCGGCUCACCGUGGCCAACGGCGUCAACGUCCUGGCCAACAUCAACGGCGCCAACGCCCUGACCGUGGCCGUCACCGCGGCGUCCGGCGGGGUCACCGCGGCGUCCAGCGGCGUCCCCCCGGCCCUGGGCGCGCCCCCCGCCAUCCCCAUGGUGCCCAACGCCCUGGUGGCCGCCUCGGGCGUGGCCAACCUGGUGUCGCCGGCCGUGCCGGUGCUGCUGGCGCCCGUGGGGGUCCUGCCCGGCGCCGGGGCCGCGCCGCCGCCCGCCGAGGGCCCGUUCCCGUGCCCGCUGUGCUGGAAGGCCUUCAAGAAGCCGAGCCACCUGGCGCAGCACCAGAUCAUCCACACGGGCGAGAAGCCGUUCGCCUGCGCGGCCUGCGGGCGCGCCUUCAACCGGCGCGAGAGCCUGACGCGGCACGUGCGCACCACGCACGCGGCGGCGCCGGCGCGGCGCCUGCCCUGCGCCGUCUGCGGCAAGGAGUUCCGCGACGCCGCCUACCUGCUGCGGCACCAGGGCAGCCACGGCGCGCCGCGCCCCGCGCACCGCUGCGACGUCUGCGGCAAGGCCUACGCCGCGCCCCAGAGCCUGCUGCGGCACCGGCGCGCGCACGACGCCGGAACCGGCACCGCCAGCACCACCGGAAGUGCCAGCACGCCUGGUGCAGGUGGCGGGCGGAGCUUCGCGUGCCAGGUGUGCGGGCGCGGCUUCGGGCGUCGCGAGACGCUGCGGCGGCACGAGCGCAUCCACACCGGGGAGAAGCCGCACGAGUGCGCCGUGUGCGGGAAGCGCUUCCGCGAGUCGUUCCACCUGCGCAAGCACCGCGUGGUGCACACGCGCGAGCGGCCCUACCGCUGCGACACCUGCGGCAAGGCCUUCGGCUACCCGCAGAGCCUGACGCGGCACCGCCAGGUGCACCGCGACGCCGCGGCCGAGGCGGCGGGGCCGGCGCCGCUGGGGUGCGGGGCGUGCGGGCAGCGCCUGCCGGGGCUGCUGCGGGCGGCGGCGGCGGCGCACAAGGAGCCGGCGGGGCCGCACGGCUGCGACACCUGCGGGCAGGUGUUCGGCUUCCUGGAGAACCUGGUGUGGCACCGCCUGGUGCACGCGCCCGCGGCGGCCGCGCCUGCGCAGGCGAUCCCCGAGGAGGAGGAGGAGGAGGGGGAGGAGCCAGCACCGGCCCCGCCCGAGCGGCCGCCGGCCCCGCCCAGCUCCGCCCGCCUCACCUGCGGCAGGUGCGGGCGCAGCUUCAAGGGCGCGGCGGCGCUGGUGGCGCACCGCUACUCGCACCGGGCCCCGGCCCUGCACCGGCGCUGCGGCGCCUGCGGGCGGCGCUGCCCCAGCGCGCUGGCGCUGCUGCGGCACCGGCGGCGGCACCUGCGCCGUUCCCCCGCGCUCUGCCGCGCCUGCGGCCGCCGCUUCUGGGCCGCGGCGCUGCUGCGGCGCCACCGGCGCUGCUGCCCCGCCCGCCCGCGCCCCGCCCACCCGCGCCGGCCCCGCCCCGAGCCCGCCCAGGCCCCGCCCCCGCCGCCGCGGCACCGCCCCGAGCCCGCCCAGGCCCCGCCCCCGCCCCCGCGGCGGCACCGCCCCCCCCGGCGCUGCCGCACCUGCGGGCGCAGCUUCCGCUUCCGGGGCAACCUGCUGGAGCACCGGCGGCGCCACCUGGGCGAGCGGGUGUACCGGUGCGAGCGCUGCGGGAAAUGCUUCUUCUACCUGGGCUCGCUGGCGCGGCACCUGCGCGGGCACCACCGGAACCGCGACCGGAACCGGGACCGGAACCGGAAACGGGACCGGGACAGGCACGUGCGGUGCCAGCGGUGCCAGCGCGGCGUCAACGGGGCCGCGACGCCGGAACGGCUCCGGUGCCAAGCGGGGGACAAGGGGGCGCAGGGCGGGGCGCAGGGCGGGGCACAGGGCGGGGCCAAGGGGGCGGGGCAGUGA